AUGGCGGGUCUCUACCACCAGUUGCAGGUGUACCUGACACAAACCAAAUUGGGCGGGUCAGCGGCCGCGGUACCGCUGCUCGCCGAGAACGAGACAGAGGAGCCCGCGGUGGAAAACAGACCAGCAGACGCGUGGCUGGGCCGCGUGACCCUCCCCUGGAUGUGGGCGCGGAACCCCACAGAGCCGGCAGCAGCGAGCUCGGAGUGCCUUCCCAGCAUGACGGGUGCGCAGCGGCUGGCGAUGAGCGGCGUGUGCCUGCUGCUGGCUGCGGUAUGCUUCGGCCUGGCAAUGCUAUACACGCCCCUGCUGCUUCUGCGCGCCCGCAAAUUCGCGCUGUUGUGGUCACUGGGCUCGGCGCUGGCGCUGGCCAGCGGCUCGCUGUUCCGGGGCGGUGCGGGGUGCGGGCGGCUGCUGCGUGGCGAGGAGGCGCCGUCCCGGAGCAUGCUACUUUACGCCGCCGCGCUAGGCGCCACGCUGUAUGCGGCUCUAGGCCUGCGUAGUGCGGCGCUCACGGUGCUAGGCGCCUGCGCGCAGAUGACCGCGAUGCUCGGGCUGCUGCUCCGGCAGCUCUUUUCGGGCAGUGGCACAGCGCUGCGCCUCGGCCUCGGGCGUCUGGUCCCGGGUGCCGGCCUAGCUAAAGCACUACCUGUGUGA